CAAGGCUCUGUCUCGGCCCUCUCUGGGCGACACCACCUCCGAGGGUGGGCGGGGGAGACCGGAGGAACCCGGAUUCGUUAAAGUAGUCGGCGGCCGGCCAGCUGAAGAACACCCCGGGAUGUCGAAUCGCCACAUUCCCACCCACUGUUAUACCAAGGCAUCAAAGCCACUCGGCACGGCGCGCUCGCGAUGCCCACUGAUUGGCACACCCCACGCCAUGUGCCUUCAUCUCCGAACCCACUCAAAGUCCUUGGCGCCGCGCGGUUUGUGCCAGUGCUCAUGAGUGGCAUAGCUCGACAGGGGGCUGAUGGCAAAGAGCGCCCUGCUGCUACUGCUGGCGCUGCUGCCAAGUGCCAUCCAUGCCGCCAAAUGCCCCCUCUUUUGCACUUGCGCGGAGCGGCUCCUGAGGUGCAAUGGGACGCAGCACCGGCGUGUGACGGUGCCAGCCUUGACGGCCGACCUGGGCUUCACGGAUCUGGAUCUCCACGGAAACGCCAUCUCGUCCGUCGGUAAGAAGACGUGGAAGUUCUACAGUUCGGUGGUGUUCCUGACCCUGGCGGACAACUCUCUGGUGGAGCUCACUGACGACUCGCUGGGCGACCUGGGGCGGCUCCGGUUCCUGGAUGUUUCGGGCAACAGGAUCAGGAAGAUCUCGGGCUCGGCCUUCGACCAGCUGCCCUUCCUCAUGUCCAUCCUCCUGGCCGAUAACAAACUGCAGCUGCUGCCCGACCGAGCGCUGCGCCCCCCGCACGGCUUGCACUUUCUCAAGUGGCUGAGCCUCCGGGACAAUCCGUUACGGGUUCUGGAAUCUUCUUCAUUGGCAGCCCUGCCCGCCCUGCAGAUUCUGGACUUGCGAGGGACUCCACUGUCCUUCUCGGCAUUGCAGCCCCUCCUUCAACUGGCACCGCCAAUCCCACACCUGCUCUUACCCAUCAGUGUCAAGUGCUGCAUAUGCAAGACCCAGAUGGCAGCUGCUACCACCGCUGCGACUGUGCCAGCCAGAUGUGCCCUCCUGUGUGAACCUAUGAAGCCAUCCUGCGUGGUCACAAAUGCCCCCGAAGGCCCAGUGACACCCCCCAAGCUGAGGCCCCCCUCAGGUCUGCCCAUUCCCACCAACAGUGAGAAGUUCGACUUGUCCCACCUCAGGUGGCUCAUCCAAGAGCGGCCGGUGAGCCUGAAAAACGCCGGCGACCUGCUGAGCUUCCUCACGGUGCUCGACAUGGUGCAGGACAUGAAGCCCAACAGGACGGCGCUGGGGUCCUUCGCACAGCUCAUCGAGGACCACUGCUUGAACCCGGACUACGAGGACGUGUGCGUCAGGACCAUGACCGACGUCAUUGUGCAGAUCGAGCGGCACCUGGGCGAGGGCAUCAUUGGGCAGCUCGAGACGCUGGCGGGCGCACUUCGGGAGGAAUCGGUGGUCCAGGAGACACCACCGGGGGUCUCCAAGAAGACCUCCCUGGACAGCCAGACAAUCAUCAUACUGGCCGCCAUCUCCGCUUCCGCUGUCAUCGUUGCAGCCGAGUGUGUGUCAGAGAUCAUCCGUCAAAGAAAACUCCACCACCCACUGGGCCACGAAGAGGACACAUCAGAGGCCAGCGGGGACACCAUGUGACCAGUGGUCACCAGGGCCGAGGACAAAUAAAGCUCUCAUUGUCACUCA